UGACACUGCGUCAUGGAUGUCACCUCCCAGGGACACGGAGGUGGCAGGGCUGUGAUGGGAACAGGGAACUCCCAGGGAUGCAGGGAAAGGCUCCAGCAAAAGCUCUGCCUCACUUGGGAGCUGCCAGGGUCUGAUCCAUUCAGGGAUCCUGGAAUUGUGGAAUAUUUAGGUUGGAAAAGCCCUCUGAGACCCCUGAGUCCCACUGUCCCCUGACACUGCCAAGUGUCCCCAAGUGCCACAAGCACAGGUGGCAUGUGCUGGUGCUGUGACGCUGCUGUUAAAUCCUGUCCUGCCACCUCAGGUCACCUGUCCCCCGCUGCUGCAGCCAGUUUGAUCCUGGGAUCGUCCCUGGAUGAUCAGGUUUGUCCCUCUGCAGUGACAUCGCUGUUCUUCCAUCCUCCCAGUGGCAUUCCAUGUGCCAGGGCUGCAUUCCUGCUGUGCCCUGGGGCUGGGCCAGUUCUGCUGGGCACCUGCUGCCAUCCCAUCCCAGGGUGACCCGUCAGUGGCUGGAUCAGUGUCUGGGUGUUAUCCCGGUGUUAUCCCGGUGUUAUCCUGGUGUUACACAGGAGCAGCCAGGUCAGUGUCCGGGUGUUAUCCUGGUGUUACACAGGAGCAGCCAGGUCAGUGUCCAGGUGUUAUCCCGGUGUUAUCCUGGUGUUAUACAGGAGCAGCCAGGUCAGUGUCCGGGUGUUAUCCCGGUGUUAUCCCGGUGUUAUCCUGGUGUUAUACAGGAGCAGCCAGGUCAGUGUCUGGGUGUUAUCCUGGUGUCAUCCUGGUGUUAUCCUGGUGUUACACAGGAGCAGCCAGGUCAGUGUCCGGGUGUUAUCCCGGUGUUAUCCCGGUGUUAUCCUGGUGUUAUACAGGAGCAGCCAGGUCAGUGUCCGGGUGUUAUCCCGAUGUUAUCCCGGUGUUAUCCCGGUGUUAUACAGGAGCAGCCAGGUCAGUGUCCGGGUGUUAUCCCAGUGUUAUCCUGGUCUCAUUCUGGUCUCCAUGCAGGACUGGUAGGGUCAGUGUCUGGUUGUUAUCCUGGUGUUAUCCCGGUCUCCAUACAGGACCAGCUAGGUCAGUGUCUGGUUGUUAUCCCGGUGUUAUCCCGGUGUUAUCCCGGUCUCCAUGCAGCAGUGGCUGGGUUGGUGUCCGGGUGUUAUCCUGGUGUUAUCUCAGUGUUAUCCCAGUCUCCAUGUAGGAGUGGCCAGGUCAGUGUCCAGCUGCUAUCCCAGUGUUAUCCCAGUGUUAUCCCGGUCUCUGUGCAGGAGCAGCUGGGUCAGUGUCUGGUUGUUAUCCCGGUGUUAUCCCAGUGUUAUCCUGGCCUCCAUGCAGGAUUGGUGGGGUCGGUGUCUGGUUGUUAUCCCGGUCUCUGCAGGAGCAGCCAGGUCAGUACCCAGUUGUUGUCCCAGUGCUAUCCCGGUGCUAUCCCAGUCUCCAUACAGGAGUGGCCAGGUCAGUGUCUGGGUGUUAUCCCGGUGUUAUCCCGGUGUUAUCCCGGUGUUAUCCCAGUCUCCAUGCAGGAAUGGCCAGGUUGUUAUCCUGGUGUUAUCCCAGUCUCCAUGCAGGAAUGGCCAGGUUGUUAUCCUGGUGUUAUCCCAGUGCUAUCCCAGUCUCCAUGCAGGAAUAGCCAGGUUGUUAUCCUGGUGUCAUCCCGGUGUCAUCCCGGUGUUAUCCCGGUGCUAUCCCAGUCUCCAUGCAGGAAUAGCCAGGUUGUUAUCCUGGUGUUAUUCCGGUGUUAUCCCGGUGUUAUCCUGGUGCUAUCCCAGUCUCCAUGCAGGAAUGGCCAGGUUGUUAUCCCGGUGUCAUCCCGGUGUUAUCCCGGUGCUAUCCCAGUCUCCAUGCAGGAAUGGCCAGGUUGUUAUCCCGGUGUCAUCCCAGUGUUAUCCUGGUGCUAUCCCAGUCUCCAUGCAGGAGCAGCUGGCCCAUUCCAGCCCGGAGCAGGUCCCAGCUGUUCUGUUGAACCCAGAGGGGCCACCCCAAGCCCCGUUAAUCCUUUAGAGGAGCAGAUAAUCCAUCAGCUCCCAAACCCCAGCUCACCCCCGCUGCCCAAACCGUGUCCAUGGCAGGGCCUGGAUGAUCCCAGGGCAGAUUUGCCAGGCACUGCUGUUCCUCAGGCCUGGUGACACCCCUGUGACAGCUCUGUGUGUCCCCAAGGGAGCCUGUGGGGAUUAUUUUGAUGUCACCCUCUGGGGACAGGAGCUGAGCAGCAGCUGGUGCUGCAAACAGAUGACUCCACGGAAAAGAGCUGGAGUUAACCUGGCAUCUCCUCUCCAAUCCUCUAAAGAACCAGGAAUUCUCCCAUCUGUGCUGGUGCCACCACCUCCUUCUCAUGGAUUUAGGAUAAAAAACCUCCCUUACCCGUCCCUGAGGAGUUUCAGGGACAGCCCAAAGCACCUGACACCAUUUCCCUGGGGUUAAUUGCAUUUUCUCCCUGCUGCUGCAUUUAUUGGAUCUUUGUGUGGGAAGAGCUGAUAUAUUCUGGAUUUAGGGAGCAGAGCUGUGCGAGAGGAGAGGAGCUGGUUCAUUAGAGCAGCUCUAAUACCCAUAAUUAUCUUAAACCUAAAUCCGUGUGAGCCUGCACGUGGCUCCUCCAGAAAUGGACACAGCCCUGGGAUCAUUCAGGGGCUUAAAGCCAAGGAUCCAGGAUGAUUUCAUCUGGAAAUGCUUCAGAAGGGAUUUCUGUUUAGGGCCAGAGCAGUGGGAAUGGGAGGGAGAUUCUGUUGGAGCGUUGGAAUGGAUUUGAAUUGUCAGCUCUGGGUUUGUGGUGCUCAGGCUGGUGGAGCUCCGGGUUUCUUUGUUUGGAGAUGCAAUUCCAGUGCCCAAAAUUGUCCCUUGGGAAUGCUGCCCUGCCCCCAGCGCCUGCACGCAGCCAGAGGGAGCUGCAGGAGAGGAAUCAUGGAAUGGGCUGGGUUAGAGGGGGCCUUAAACCCAUCCAGGGACACCUCCCACUGUCCCAGGUGGCUCCAACCCCAGUGUCCAGCCUGGCCUUGGGCACUGCCAGCGAUCCAGGGGCAGCCACAGAAAAUCUGGCAAUUCCAGCCCAGCCAGCAAUUCCUUGCCAAGAUCCCAGCCCAAUCUGCCCUUUCCCAGUGGGAGCCAUUCCCUGGCUCCUGUCCCUGCAGGCCUUGUCCCCAGUCCCUCUCCAGCUCUCCUGGAGCCCCUGCAGGGACUCUGAGCAUUCCCUG